AUGCCUGCAAGGAGCGGCCCCCAAGCUCUACCAAGCAGCCGGGCCACGCAGCCUUCCCUUCCCGCGCCCAUGGAAAAUACAUCGCCUAGCAUCGUUGACGAGUUGAGACAGCCAAUGGAGUUUGAUAUUUCCACGUCGACUUUGAAGCAGGUCGCGAGCAGUCUUAGUGAUACAGCGGAGUCUCUGGAGCAGUUUCCGUUUCUGAAGACAAUAGGCGGCUUGAUGGGCCAGGUGAUCAGUAUUAUCGCCGAUAUGAGAGGGAAUAGCGAAGAAUGGGAGCGUCUUGGCAAAUGGUCUCAGGAGAUUCUUCGCUCCCUGCAUACGAAGUUGGAGAACUCGGCAGACUCGCUGGAUGACAGUAUAAGGCAAAGCUUCGAGAAUGCAAUCAGGACCAGCAAGCAGCUUGUAGAUUGUGCACGAUCGGAACAAGCCAGGGGCUUAGCGUUGCAAGUCCUGAGUCACGAGACAGAUAAGGAUCUCCAAGCCUCGUUUCGACAAGUAUUGGAUGGCAUGUUUGAUACUCUUCAGUUGGAUCUCGCGUCCACCAUCAUGGUUAAGACAGCCCAGAUUGAUAGGAAAGUCGGUAAUAUACAUGAUAGUCAUGAACUGGAGAGAUUGGAAAAACAUACAGUGCGGGGCGCUGAAUGGUCAUAUAACCUUGGCUGUCUUCCUGGUACAAGAGAGCAUAUCCUAGCCGAAAUACGCGAAUGGAUACAAGAACCACUUGCUAUGUCCGACUCGCCGCCCAUUGGUUAUCUAUGCGGUAUCGCUGGCUUAAAGAAGACGUCAAUUUCUCAUAGCAUCAGCCAGUGGCUUCAUGACGAAGGUCUUCUGGGUGCAGGUUUCUUCUUCUCUCGGGACGACCCUUCCGGGAGGCGUUACGGGCUGGAUGAUGUCUUCCUGGCCAUUGCCUAUAAUCUGGCUAAUAACUACCAAGCAUACGGGCAGCAGUUAGGCCUUUCCCUUGCAGGCUCAAUCCCGGCCACACCAGAUCAACAAUUCAGACCUAAUCAUGGAUCCACUCUUACGAGCUCCGGCUCCGUCUCGCCCGACAUUGAUGAUCCAGAGACAGCGUUGAACACCAUGUACUUCGCCUUACUCUCGCAGGCCUACGACUCCCUUCCCCGCCGGCGACUGAAGGAAGUGUUCAGCGCAGUCCUGACUUGA